AUGGAUACUAAAAAUAGCAUAACAAAAUCAGAGAAUACAUUAGAAAAGCCAAAUGUAUCUGUACCACUUUUGACGAGUGAUGAAGCAAAGCAAGCUUUAGGAAAAAUGAGUGAAGAAGAUCCAGUGUCUUCAAGAGUUGAAUUAAGAACAUACAAAAUUCGUUGGAUAGUUCUUCUUUCAGUUGCUUUGGCAAACCUUACUAAUACAUAUAGUUGGAUUUGUUUUGCAUCAAUUAACACUGUUACAAAUCAAUAUUAUGGUAAUAAUUAUGCCGAUGCUGUUCUUUCUGGGCUUUUUAUUGCCACAACAAUACCAUUUGGAUUGAUUGCCAUUCCUUUAUCCGAUAAAGUUGGAUUGAAAAAUUCAAUUUGGAUAGCAAAUGCAUGUAAUGGUAUAGGAAAUCUUAUUAGAAUGGCAUCAUGUUAUAUGGGAGAGUACAAGGCUUAUGGUGCAUAUUUUGGUACCUCCUUAGCUGCUAUUGCAUAUCCAUGGAUUAUGUUUACACCACCUAAAGUUUCCUCUGUAUGGUUUCCAUCUAACCAACGCGCUCUUGCAACAACAAUAGGUAUUAUGGCAAAUCCAUUGGGAGUUAUGCUUGCUAACAUUAUAUCACCAGCUGUUGUUUCCGUUCCUGAAGAUGUCAAAACAACAAUAUUUAUUGGUGGAGUACCAGCAGUUCUUGGAAUGUUAAUAACAUUUAUCUUUGUUCAUAAAAAUGCUCCUUUACUUCCACCUUCAGUUACUUCUAUUAAAAAAGAAAUGCCAUAUUUGAAAGGAAUGAAGGAAGCUUUUACAAAUGUACAAUAUCUUGUUAUUAUUUUUAUUUUGGGAGGUGGUAUAGGAAUGUUUAAUACUCUUUAUAUAAAAAUAAAUGAUCUUCUCUGCUCAAGUGGAUAUAGACCAGCAUUUUCUGGUGCAUGUGCUGCAUUAAUGGUAACUGGUGGAGUUUUUGGAUCUGUAGCAUCAGGAAUAUUUGUUGAUAGAACCAAGAAAUUUGCAUUAACAAUGAAAGUAGCAAUGCUUGGAGCUAUUAUUUUUGGACUUUCAUUUGUCUUUACUGCUUAUUUCCCAGGAAUGACUUAUGUUUUAAUAAUUACUGCAAUUUUGUUUGGUUUCUGUGGUUUAUCAGCAUAUCCAAAUGGUUUAGAACUUGCUGCUGAAUGUACAUAUCCUGUAUCUGAAGGUAUUUCUUCUGGAUAUAUUGUUAUUAUGGGUCAAAUAUUUACACUUAUCAUUGGAAAAGGUAUUGAUAUAUUCUCUAAAAGGGCCACUGGUCUACGAGCAGAUGAAUAUCAAGUUUGUUAUGAAAAAAGUGUCGUUAAUGAUAAAUACUUUGCAAAAGACUUCUUUUAUUCUAAUUUUUAUAUUGCUGGACUUGGUAUUCUUUUUGUCUUAGUUACAUUUAUAUUUUUAAAACCUGUUCUUAAGCGUACCUUGGCAGACAAGAGAAUGGGAGAAGAAAUUGAUAUGCCAACCAAAAACACUUAA